CCGCAAGCUUCAUUCGUAGCCUCCCCCACUCUCCAAUUCCCAUUUCUCAAUAAACAUUCCCCAUGCCAUCACAGAAGAUUAUCUCCGCUCUCACGGAGAUCGAGUCAUCCUCAACUCCUCAAAACAGGCUGCAAUUAUACAGCGACCUCCUAUCCGAAACGGUUUCAACAACUCCCGAACCACAGCUCGCCGACGACCUCAUCUACUACCUCGAUUCCGCCCUAGGCGAAGACAUCAGCAUUGUCACUGCACGCCCUAUCCUCGACACAUUCAUUGAGGCUCUACGAAAACUCUCCUCAGAAACCCAAAUCAAAGUCGGCCAACACGCCGUGACCCUUCUCCAGUCCCGCUCCACAUCCGUUGAAGAGCAAGAUGCUCAGAUUCGUGAGAUCCUAGCAGAUGCCUACGAAGCCGAGGAGGAAUACAUCGCAGCCGCACGAGCCCUUCAGGGAAUCCACAUCGAUAGUUCGCAGCGGUUGGUCUCCGACUCGGCUAAAGUACGACUGUGGAUCCGCAUUGUACGACUAUACCUGGAGGAAGAGGACACCACCAGUGCAGAGACAUUCCUCAACCGGAUCAAAAACCUACCGAACAAGAUCAAGGAACACGACCUGCAACUUCAUUUUGAUCUCUCGCAGGCCCGAAUCCAAGAUGCCCGGAGACGCUUCCUAGACGCGAGUCUGCAAUACUUUAAUGUCAGUCUUGCAUCGGGCGUUGAUGAGAGCGAUAGACUACAUGCUCUAGCAGCUGCGAUCCGAUGUGCUGUCCUUGCUCCUGCCGGACCGAACCGUUCCAGGUUUCUAGGGACAUUGUACAAGGACGACCGAGCCAACUCCAUUGAGGAGUAUGGUAUCCUAGAGAAGAUGUUUCUUGAUCGUCUCAUCACACCCGAAGAAGUCGCCGCAUUCUCACAGCGUCUCGCCCCACACCAGCUCGCGCAAACCGCCGACGGAACAACGGUGCUGGAUAAAGCUGUCGUUGAGCACAAUCUCGUUGCCGCUAGUAAGCUAUACGAGAACAUAAAGACCGAUGCGUUAGGCUCAAUUCUCGGUCUAGAAUCGAGCGGGGAUCUGACGGCGGGUGAGAAGGCUGAGGCCUACGCGGCGCGCAUGGUCGAACAGGGUCGCCUGAGUGGAACAAUUGACCAGAUCGAUGGCAUCAUUUACUUCGAGUCAAGCACAACGGCCACGGGGCGCCACAUUCGUCAGUGGGAUGUUGGUGUGCAGGGGCUUGCAGAGGGUGUAGAGCGGGUAGCGACUAAUAUAAUGGAUAAAUACCCGGAAUUCGCUACCGCGCAAGCCGUAUAAUGAAUGCUAGCCCGAAACCGGACGAUGACAUUGUGAUGAUCAGACACUAAGCGGCGCUAUUCUAUGGUGAUAAUAUGGCUCUGGCUAGAAUUAGACGUGAUAUGAGAAAUGAAAUGAUCUAGCGAUCCUCGAGAGUGUCUAUCACUAUCUAUUUAUUACAUCUUUCGAACGUAACGAUAUACAAAGGGCCCAGCAGUGAGCGCAUAAACGGGAUUGCGAAGCAUACACGACUGAUACGCCGUCUGGAUAUGCAGUAGAGAGAAGCAGUCAGCGCCUGGGUUGAUCGGAAAGUUCUUCGGCACGACGAGGCCCACCGGUACAAGGUGUAUUGUCCUAUGUGCUUAGACUCCGAU